GGAAGGUGGGGGGCGGGGGGGCGGAGAGGAAGAAGAGACAUGUUUCCAGCUGGCGAUGCAGCGGGCAGAAUUGGAGGGAGCCUAGGUCACUCAAGCUGCAGCGGUUGCCCUUGUCGUAGCCUUCCCCCUUCCUCCCCUUUACCGGAAAGCAAGCUGUGCCAGGAUCGCCGAGGGAAGAGAGAUUUUUAAGGAAAACUACUAAACAGAUUCUGAAGCAUGGGUAAAGACUUCCGAUAUUAUUUCCAGCAUCCAUGGUCUCGAUUGAUUGUGGCUUAUCUGGUGAUCUUCUUUAACUUCUUAAUAUUUGCGGAGGACCCUGUCUCUCACAGUCAAACUGAGGCCAAUGUUAUUGUUGUUGGAAACUGUUUUUCUUUUGUAACCAAUAAAUACCCUAGAGGAGGAGGCUGGAAACUCUUGAAAGUGCUGCUAUGGCUACUUGCAAUUCUCAUAGGAUUAAUAGCGGGCAAAUUCUUGUUCCAUCAGCGUUUGUUUGGUCAGUUGCUUCGGUUGAAAAUGUUUCGAGAGGAUCAUGGUUCUUGGAUGACAAUGUUCUUUAGUACCAUUCUCUUCCUCUUCAUAUUUUCCCAUAUAUACAAUAUGAUACUUCUCAUGGAAGGAAACAUGGGAGCAUACAUUAUUACAGACUUCAUGGGCAUCAGAAAUGAAAGUUUUAUGAAAGUAGCUGCUGUGGGAACCUGGAUGGGAGACUUUGUUACAGCUUGGAUGGUCACUGAUAUGAUGCUUCAGGAUAAACCAUAUCCUGAUUGGGGAAAAUCAGCUAGAGCUUUCUGGAAAAAAGGAAAUAUCAGAAUAAUUUUAUUCUGGACAGUUCUUUUCACUUUGACCUCUGUCGUUGUGCUUGUCAUCACCACUGAUUGGAUCAGCUGGGACAAGUUGAAUCGUGGAUUUCUGCCCAGUGAUGAAGUCUCUAGAGCCUUCUUGGCUUCCUUCAUCCUAGUCUUUGAUCUUCUUAUUGUCAUGCAGGACUGGGAAUUCCCACAUUUCAUGGGAGAUGUUGAUGUAAAUCUUCCUGGAUUACACACACCUCAUAUGCAGUUUCAGAUUCCUUUGUUCCAGAUGAUCUUUAAAGAGGAAUACCGAAUACAUAUAACAGGUAAAUGGUUUAACUAUGGCAUCAUCUUCCUUGUCCUGAUUUUGGACCUUAAUAUGUGGAAGAACCAAAUAUUUUAUAAGCCACAUGAAUAUGGUCAAUAUAUUGGCCCUGGACAAAAGAUUUAUACUGUGGAGGAUGCAGAAAGCUUAAAGGAUUUGAACAGAACCAAGUUGUCUUGGGAAUGGAGAUCUAAUAACACAAAUCCUCGGACUAAUAGAACAUAUGCAGAGGGAGAUAUGUUCUUACAUAGCAGAUACAUAGGAGCGAGUCUCGAUGUCAAAUGUAUGGCUUUUGUUCCAAGCUUGAUAGCUUUUGUGUGGUUUGGUUUUUUCAUCUGGUUCUUUGGAAGAUUUUUGAAAAAUGAACAAGGCAUGGAGAACCAAGAUAAAAGUUACACACGGAUGAAAAGGAAAUCACCUUCAGAGCACAGCAAAGAUAUGGGAAUGACUCGAGAAAACACCCAAGCCUCAGUUGAAUAUCCCUUGAAUAAUUCCCCUGUAGUCUACAUCAAGUCAGAUUUCAACGAAAUUGUCUACAAUUCCUCCCAUUUGACUUCAGAAAACUUGAACUUGCAUUUGAAUGACCCAUGUCAUAUACCAGAACCAAACCCAGAACCUGUGAUAACUGAAUGUACACCCACAAACUCAAUCCAAUGAUGACGCCAUUUCCCAGAGAGCAAAGAAAUUCACACAAGAAUAUAUCUUUAAGGAUCACUCUGUCCUUUUGUACAUAAGAUUUAUGUAGCUUUAGAUGGAGAAAUAUAACCUAGGCCACAAAGGUGCUCAACAUGCUCUUUCUAGAACUCAUUAUUUUCUAUUUGUAUUAUGAUAAUGUGCCUCCUAUGUAUCCAAAAAUCCUCUAGAGAUUGCUUCUCACAAUUGCACAAACUAAUUAUUGACAUAUUGACUUUACAGAGUAGUAAACUACUAGGUCAUUAUUUAAAAGUAUAAAGUUCUACCAUAGUGGUGCCUUGAGACAUCAAACUGUUUUUAACUGUCAGUAAGUCAACAAGCAUACAUUAAGUGCCUACUAUGUUCCAGGCACUGUGCUAAGCACUGGAGAGGCAAAGAAAAGUGAAAAAACAGUAUCUGCUUUCAAGGAGUUCAUAGUCUAAUGUGGGAGAAAAUGUGCAAACGACUAUGUACAAAGAGAGAUAAUUAACACAAGGAAGGUACUAAGGAUUUAAAGGGAUUGGGAAGGCUCCUUAUAGAAAGUGGGAUAUUAGCUGGAGAAAACCAGAAGGAUCAGAAGAUGGAAAUGAGAGAAGACAACUCCAGGCAGGGGAAACAAACAGCGAAAAUGCCUGGAUCUAGGUGAAAUGGAAUUUAUCUCAGAAUAUGUGGAAUAGGAAAAAUAGGGGGAGGCCCAGGUUGGCUUUGAAUGAUGGAAGAUAUUAUACUUAACCCUGGAAGUGAAAGAGAAUGAAAAGUCAAAAAUCACAUUUAAGUUUUCAGUUUUGGUAACUAGGAGGAUAAUGCUCUCUUACUCAGUAAUAGGACAUUUGAAAAGGAAAGGGGCAGAGGAAGAAUAUAUUAAAGUUAGUUUUUGAUAUGUUGCAUUUAAAAUGUAUGUGGGAAAUCCAAUUUGGGAUAUCCAAUGAAGUAUAGAAGAGUUCUAUUUUUUUUUCUUUAAUAAAAUUCUUUUGACCAACAUUGGAGAUCUGAUCAAGAAACUGAUGUAGUCAGUGCCAUAAUCAUGGUUUCCAGAGCUGUUAUUCUAUAUGGAUAUCUUUUGUAACUUACCGAAUUCUACACAGAAGAUAGAAAAUGGAUUGCAGAGAACUAUGUUGAUUUUAAUGUUUAAUGGCAGACUGCCAAACAAAAUGCAGAUAUAAAAGCCAAUUAACCCAACAUAGGUCAUUUCUUAUGAGAAUGUGGCUUUCUCUAUUAAUUAAUUAUAAUUAGAUAUAAUACCUAAUUUUGUUUUUUGAUAAUGAAAGGUAAAUUGCUACUGUAUAACUCUACAGUGCCAAGGAAUAAAAGAUUCGAUUGUAUAGCCCACAACAUUUGUAAAACCUACUAUAAACAUUGGAAAUUGGAAAACAGAUGACCACUCUGAGAUAAUGAAUUCCUUCAAAAAUCAUGCAAUAAAAGACUUUGCAGUAGAGAGACAGAUGCUGGAAAAACAAAGAUUUUAGUGACUUUUCCUGUCUUUUUUAUUUUUAUUUUGAAAACAAAACUUUGCACAUGAAUAAAUAAAUUCCCAUAAAUGACUGUGGGAGCUUUUGUGUAUGUUCAUUCCAGAAGCCUGAUAAAACCUCAGUUUCACAAGAGUAUAAUAAAUAAUCCACUGAAGGCAAAACUUUAGAAACUAAGAAGUCCUAACUUGCCUCUAAUUUAAUUCCAUAAAUUAUUGCUCCAGAAUCUUCAAAAAAAUCACUCAUCAGUUUCAAACAAUUUCUUGUCAGAUAAUAUCAGUUGCUGGUUUUUGUCCUCAUGACUUUUAAUCUCCAUUUUUGAUUAAUCUGCUUUUAAGCUUGUAAUACUCUGAAUUUAACAUGCAUAAUAGAACUAUGUACUUAUUAUGUAUUGCUUUGAGAGCCACCUUUAAACCUGCUAUUUGUCAAGCAGUUGGAACCAGCCUUCCCUCUGCAGAUUUUUUUUAAUCUUUAUAUUAUAAGCAUUAAUUUGAGCUUAUUUUCUUUAAGUUACUUUCUUUGAUUUUAUGUUAAUGCCAAACAAGAAUAGAGUUUGCCCAACAUAGAAUUUUCAGAUCCCAAUAUCAGAAAUAAGUGAAUAAAUAUUUAUUAAUAAACUAGCUGGCAGGCCUAUAAGUUGCAGAUACUCCUCUGACUCCAUAAAUCUUGGUGGGCUAGGUUCCUUUUCUUGGGGGUGAUUUUCUCUCUUGCCUCAGUAGCAGCUCCCCUUUGAAAGAGCUUUUUUUUCCUUUUUAAACCAAGUUGUUGUUAUUGUUCAUCUUUUGUUCUCAAAGAGAACCAAUGACAUCACAAAGGAUGAUAUCUUGAUUUAUGCAUGAAUUAUAUUUGAGUGAGAGAGCUGCACAGUCAUCAGCCUCUCACCUCCAGAGUCAUUAAAGUCCAAGACAAAAGUAAAGAAGACUGGAGAUGGUCUGAGAUGCAGUGGAUGGCUUUGGCCCUAUUGUGGUCCUUCCCAGAUUUCGAUUUGUCUGUGGCAAUGCCCAUUUAAUGACUAAGGACUAAAUAUCUUUUUUCUGUGUCCUUCAUUUUCGAAGAGAACCAAUGACAUCAAGAGGAUGAGGUCUUGACUUGCAAGUCAUUUGGAUUGUAUUUAAGUGAUUCAGGGCUGUGCAAAGUCAUCAGCCUCAUUCUCUCUUCUAGGAUCAUCUGAGUCCAGGUGCAAGUCAUAUUUAUUUGGUUUAAAGGCUAGUCGCAUAGCUCCAUUUGAAACACAGUGGACUUUUUAAAAGCCUGUUCCCCUCCUCCCCCAAAGCUUUAUUUAAAAAAUUAAAAAUGAAAACUGUAUGGGACAAAAAGUUGUCCCAACUUUAAUAAAAUUAUUUAAA